AUGCCGAUUAAGAGACAAACCAUUCCUCGCCUGGAAUUGUUGGGAGCGUUGAUCUUAGCUCGUAUCGUAAACAAACUUAAGUCCCUUGGCAUCGAAUCUCCUACAGUGAUGUGGACAGACUCCAUGAAAACGCUUUGUUGGAUUAAGAACGAACGAGUAUGGAAACAGUACAUAGGCCAACGUGUUGACGAGAUUCGCCUCUUAACUCACAAAGAUUCGUGGAGACAUUGCCCCGGAGAGAUUAACCCCGCCAAUCUUCCAACUAGAGGAUUAACCGCCAAAGAACUUUCCACUUGUAAUACUUGGUGGAAUGGCCCAAAUUUCCUGCGUAAUCCCGUCAACAAGUGGCCUAAAAUGUCACAAACAGCACAAACCGAGGAAGAAGAAAUUCAGCGAAAAGAGAUCAAGAACAAAAAGAUAAUUGACAUUGAGCGUUACAGCAACAUCACGACAUUACUUGGCGUGACAGCGUAUGUGACCAGAUUUGUCAACAGUCUCAAGAAGAGGGUACGAGGAAAGAAUAAUGGAGAUUUAAACCAGGAAUUAACAGCAGACGAAUUAAUGAACUCUGAAACCUUAUGGAUCAAAUCGGUACAGACGACUGCGUUUGUCGACGAACUUUCCUUUCUUAAUCGGAAAAGCUCCAAGUCUACGCCCCCUAUUCGAGUAGCUCAGUUUGGGUUAUUUCUUAGCGAGAACCAGACAAUCAGAUGCAAAGGACGAAUCUCCAACGCUUCACUACCCACUUCUAGCAAGUCUCCAAUUCUUUUGCCAGCAAAGCACACCUUCGUAAAGCUUGUAAUCAAACAAACUCACGAUCGGGUCAAGCAUUCAGGAAUCAAUGCUACACUGACAGCUUUGAGAGAGCGAUACUGGGUUUUGCGUGGACGCGCAACAGUAAAGAAAGUUAUCCGUCGCUGUGUUGUUUCCCGCAGGUACGAAGCAUCAUCAUGCAAGCCCUCACAUUUCGCCGAUUUACCAAGUCAUCGAGUCUCCGACGAUCCGCCUUUUACACACAUCAGACUGGAUUUCGCCGGACCAUUGUACGUCAAAGAAACCCAUAAAAGUUUACAAGCGAGAGACUCCGACUCCAACAAGGUUUACGUGUGUCUAUUUACAUGCGCGUCAACUAGAGCUGUUCAUCUGGAAUUGACACGUGGACUGACUGUACAAUAUUUCUUACUAGCCUUCCCCAGAUUCGCCAGUAGACGAGGAUUACCGGCAACGAUACAAUCUGAUAACGCGAAAACGUUUCAAUCUUCCAGCAAAGAAAUUCGAAAGAUCGCUAGAUCACCAAAAGUCUGA